AGGCUACGAUUAACAAAAACAUAUCACACUUUCUUCUCAAAUCUCAACGCAAACCCAAAACACAAUGCCCCAGAAAAGGCCACAUAUCUUUCACAAGGUCUUAAACAGAGUCUCCAUUUUCAUUUCCAGAGUGAGAAGAAGAAGACCCAGAAUCCCAAAACUUGUGAUUUCUCUCAAUAAAGCAAGAAAGCUCAAGAGGUUUAAGCUUCUUAAGCAUGAGCACAACUUUCUUGAAGACUAUGAGUUUUCUGCUUCAAGCACUCCUCUUAUUCGUUACAAUGAAAGACAGCUCCGGAAUGGAAUUCGCCGCGGCGGCCGCAAUCUGUAUUCGAUGUUGGUUCUCUGUAGGUGUUUGGGUGGCUUGAAGGAUGAGGGGGAAGCGGUGGACUGGAGGCUGUCAUUGGAGGCUCUGCCUGCAGCCAUUGCUGAUAUAUGUUCUGAGACGUUGGAUUUAUGGGAGGAAGAUCAAGAUUCGGUUGAUAGGAGGGCUGAGAGGUUCAUUGAGAGGUUCUAUCAAGAUAUGCGAUUGCAGAGGCAGGGAUCGACUUAAUUGAUAAUUUUAAUGUUGGACAUUUUUAUUUUUUGAGAGUUUUGUUGGGAUUUUUUUUUGGGUUUCUUGAAAGAUUAUUUAUUUUGUUCCCAAUCUCCAAAUGAUUUUAUUUUUUUUAAAGAUUGUGGAGAUGUAAUUUGACUUUUUUUGGCCAAUUGCGAUUUUUGGGUUCGAAAAUGAUAAAAAUUAUAAUAAUUUGUAUCAUAGUUAUUACAGUUAAUGAGUUAGACAUAUUUGAUUCAAGUGAAUUCACGAGUUCCACAUGUUUUAGGUAAUGCAUAUAAAAUCCUGUGCGUAUACAUCAAUAGCUGGGAUACCUGGAAUACUAAUUGUUGG